UACGUUGUGUGCUCUGGUUCACGAUAGUCACGUGAGAUCCUAACAACUUCAGGAAAGCGGUCGUCUGCACCAGCAAUUCUUCAAUGAGUCAAGACAGUGAGAUCAGUCUGCCAUUGUCACGCCCUUAUCUCACCAACGCUCCAGGAAAAACCGUUUACGUCUACGGUGUGAUAUUACGUGAUCCUGUCCACUUUGAUAUUGAUCUGCCUACUACUUCAGAAGGAGACGACAGCGGAAUCGCCCUUCACAUCAGCGUUCAAUCAGCUGUAAACGCUGUCUUUUUUAAUUCUAAGAUCGAGGGCGUGUAUGGCGACCAGGAGAAGGCAGAUACAUUUCCAUUCCAAACAGAACAAAAGUUUUUGCUCACUAUAACAACCACAGAGGAAACGUAUGACAUCAAAGUGAACGAGGCACAUCUUUAUUCCUUCAACCACAGAGUACCGCCACAAGAUGUGAAACGCUUUGCUAUUAGUCAACAAUCAGAAGAUGGAGUAUCAUCUGUCAGGAUUACUCGAUUAUUAGUAACAGGUUCCUGGACUCUUCCUUCACUAGAAGGUGAGAUAAUAGUAUUCGAAAGCAGAGCUGCUUUCGCUGUUGCCAACAAAUACAUAAAGGUCAAGAGUAAUCAAACAACUGUUGCCACUACCGAUAGCACAUCACAAGAUAAAGUUCGAUUUACGAUUGCUGGUAACGAAAAUCCGUACAGCUUCAGAAACAAUAAAUAUACUGACAAGUACUUGACAAUCAAAGAGAAUCAACUCUACGCCGAUCUUGAGAGUGACUAUGAUAAGUUCCAAGUCACAGAAGACAAUGAAGGAUACUACAUUUUUGAGUCUAACGAAAUUGUGGGAAGCUAUAUUGGAGUUAACCAAUCAGGAGAUAUUGUACCACCACACGAAGUAGCGGGCGAAGAAUCCAAUUUCUACAACGGCUGCAGUAACAUUGAGACAGCACAUGGUUUUUGCAAGUUCCUGUAGAGAACUGGAUGCAAAGAACAUCGUUGGACAUCUAUAGUUCGAAGCGUGAAUGUGUGUGUGUGUGUGUGUGUGUGUGUGUGUGUGUGUGUUUGUGUU